AUGAGAGCGACCCGCUCCCUGUCCUGCCUGUUCCUGCUGAGCCUGGGCUCCGCCUGCUUCCCGGCCGGCGGCCGGCAGGAGCCCGGAGACCCCGCGCCGGGGACCCGGCCGGAGCGGAGCUGGCGAGAGGCGGCGGCGGCGGCCGAGCGCGGCGGGCCGGGCGGCUGGCGGGGGAGCCGCGGGGAGUCGGGCGCGCUGCGGGCCACCCCCCGGCUCCGCUGCGGGAGCCGCGAGGGCUCCAGGCUCCGGCCCGCCGGCGGCGAGGGGCGCAGCGGCGCACUGGGGCACCUGGCCGAGGAGCUCCAUGGCUAUGACCGCAAGAAGGGCGGCUUCGCCUUCCGCUUCGGGAGGUGA